GGCCCGCAGGGGGCGCCCGCGCGGCCAUGUCGGACUACGAGAACGAGGACGAGUGCUGGAGCGCCCUGGAGGGCUUCCGGGUGAAGCUCGUCGCGGUCAUCGACCCCGCGCGCAUCACGCCCUACCUGCGGCAGUGCAAGGUGCUCCACCCCGACGACGAGGAGCAGGUGCUCAGCGACCCCAGCCUGGUCACCCGCAAGCGCAGAGUGGGUGUGCUCCUGGACAUCCUGCAGCGGACCGGCCACAAGGGCCACGUGGCCUUCCUCGAGAGCCUGGAGCUCUACUACCCCCAGCUCUACAAGAAGGUCACGGGCAAGGAGCCCAGCCGCGUCUUCUCCAUGAUCAUCGACGCGUCUGGGGAGUCGGGCCUGACGCAGCUGCUGAUGAGCGAGGUCACGAAGCUGCAGAAGAAGGUGCAGGACCUCACGGCCCUGCUGAGCUCCAAGGACGACUUCAUCAAGGAGCUGCGGGUCAAGGACAGCCUGCUGCGCAAGCACCAGGAGCGCGUGCAGAGGCUCAAGGAGGACUGCGAGGCCUGCGGCCGCGAGCUCAAGCGCUGCAAGGACGAGAACUAUGACCUGGCCAUGCGCCUGGCCCGCCAGAGCGAGGAGAAGGGCGCCGCGCUCAUGCGCAACCGCGACCUGCAGCUGGAGGUGGACCGGCUCAAGCACAGCCUCAUGCGGGCGGAGGACGACUGCAAGGUGGAGCGCAAGCACACGCUGAAGCUGCGGCACGCCAUGGAGCAGCGGCCCAGCCAGGAGCUGCUGUGGGAGCUGCAGCAGGAGAAGGCGCAGCUGCAGGCCCGCGUGCAGGAGCUGGAGGCCGCCGCCCUGCCGCCCGGCGCCCCGAGGCCCCCGCAGGAGGCCAGGCCCGACAAGGGCAGCCCCUACAUCCAGGUGCUGGAGGAGGACUGGCGGCAGGCGCUGCGGGACCACCAGGAGCAGGCCACCGCCAUCUUCACCCUGCGCAAAGACCUGCGCCAGAGCGAGGCCCUGCGCACCCGGUGCUCGGAGGAGAGGGAGGUGUUCGAGCUGCAGUGCCUGGCCCUGCGGAAGGACUGCAAGAUGUACAAGGACCGUAUCGAGGCCAUCCUGCUGCAGAUGGAGGAGGUGGCCAUCGAGCGGGACCAGGCCAUGUCGUCGCGGGAGGAGCUGCACGCGCAGUACGCCCGCAGCCUGCAGGACAAGGACGGGCUGCGCAAGCGGGUGCGGGAGCUGAGCGAGAGGGCCGACGAGCUGCAGCUACAGCUGUUCCAGUGCGAGGGGCGCCUGCUGGCCGCCGAGGGCCGGCUCCGGCAGCAGCAGCUGGAGAUGCUGGUCCUGAGCUCCGACCUGGAGGACAGCUCCCCCAGGAACUCCCAGGAGCUCUCGAUCCCCCGGGACCUGGAGGAGGACGCCCAGCUCUCUGACAAAGGUGGCCCGCCGGACCGGGAGAGCCCAGAGCAGCCCUUUGAGGCCAUGCAGAAGGAGCGGCUCUCACUGACCCCCAAUGGGGCUGGUCUGAGCGGCGGGGAGCCCCCCGAGAAGGAGCGGCGGCGCCUCAAAGAGAGUUUUGAGAACUACCGCAGGAAGCGGGCGCUUCGAAAGCUGCAGCACGGCACGAGACAGGGGGAAGUGGACUGGGAGAACACCACGGGCAGCGACAACACCGACACCGAGGGCUCCUAGCGGCCUUUGUGCAGGAGACCGGCGGCACGGACCAGCCGCUGACCGGCCAGGAGCGGGCGCCGCCCCGUUGGGCCGCCGCCGCCUCGGUAGCCCGUUUCACGUCGGCAGAUGCACUGUACCACUUACCGGCGAGUUCCACCUUUAUGUAACAACGCGCACGCAUGAGCAGUGUGAGAAACGCAGCUCCUAAAUAAACGACCGCCGCGUCCGA